AUGUCUUCAUCCGCUUUAUUUGUAAGAGCAUUAUACGACUUCCACUCCACAGAUGUUUCAAGCCUCUCCUUUCGGAGGGACGAUAUAAUACAAGUCCUUACCCGACUGGAGUCUGGGUGGUGGGAUGGUUUGUGUAAUGGCGAGCGUGGUUGGUUUCCAAGCAAUUAUGUCACGGACUUGGAAAACGAGGAGGAAAUUUUCGACGAGAAUGAUCAGGUAUCCGAUUGGAUUCCACAGCAAACUCCCGACGGUGAUGUCUUCUAUUACAACCAACGCACCGGUGAAUCCGCCUGGGAACUACCAAUAGACGACGCUGGAUCCGCGAAUACACGUGACUCCUCCUCAACGAACGACGGGAUGCAUCAAAGCAUUCUCACCACCAGUUCGAGCGGUAGCACCACCGUGAAGAGUAUGACCGAUUCUCCUCGUUCGAGUGUGUUAUCGAGGUCACGUCGGCUACCCGAGAAUUGGAUACAGCAACCUACCGAAGAUGGUAACACCUACUAUUACUAUAAUACCAUAACAAAAGAGAUUAGAUGGACUUUUCCGGGUGGUGAGGAGGUGGUUGAUGGUGAGGUGGAUGAUGUGGAGGCGGCUGACAAGGAGAGUAUCGCCAGCUCGAGGGGGAGUCGAUUGAGCACAAGCACCAUCGGAACCAUUCAGCAAAGGCAACAAAACCAACAACAACUGUCGUCCAACGAAGGGCUUCCGCCUAAUUGGGGCAAAAAAGUGACACCUCAGGGGCGUGUUUAUUAUUACAACAAAGUAACUGAUGAGACUACCUGGAGUCUCGAAGAUAUUGAUGGUGAUGGUAAUCUGGUUGAAGCCGAUCGCAAUGCUAACCUCUCGCCUUCCAAUGAUCCUGGCGAUGGCGAGUCACCGCACGAGAUACCGCUUCCCCCCACCCCAACUGCAACGAUUCCUCCUCCGCAACCGAGCAUAUUUUCGGAACCCUCGAUUCUCAUGAUGCAAAAUCCUAACGAAAUUCUUACCUGGGAAUCUUUGUCCAACACUGUGUUCGCGACAAUUCACCAUUUGAAUUUGGCCGCAAAAGAGAAUUCAAAACAGAGCUACAAACAUUGCACCAAUGCUAUCGUCGAGAGCAUUCGCAUCAUGCUCUAUGCCUCGGGCACCGUGGAAAAGGAGUCACCGGCCAUUAGACAGAAUCGCAAUUUAAAGAUCUAUCACAGGCACAUCAUGGCUUCCCUAUCAAAGUUGGUGCUUUCCACCAAGGUUGCUUCCGGAGUGUGGCCUCCACCGGAUGCUGCGCAGAAAAUGAAAAGUGAUGCGGACGAGGUUCUCGUGGCCGUUCGUCAAUUCGUUCAAGCCGCGGAAAACACCGUGGAAAUCAGGCGCGUGGAUCCAAAGAUCCUGGAGAGUUCAACCGGGGGUGCUUGGCGUGGUAACAAUCUACCGUUGAUCAAACCUCCCUCCAUAAAUCCUGGCGCAAAUCCUCAGGAGAAUGGUGGCGGCAGCUUACCCAGUUCACCCAUCAAUCAAAAUGCACCCUCUCGUUCCCUCACCCCCGACCUGCUGGCUUCGUUGGAUCACACCUCCCGCACCGCCACCAAGGCCAUCACGCUGUUGCAAAAUCAUGUUCGCAAGUAUUUGGAGACUCCCCGUGCCGCGAUGCCCAACACCAGUGCGACUUUUGUUCCCCAGCUAAUUUCCCAGACUCGCCAGACGGUUACGCAAGUCGGGCAGUUCUUGUCGCUCAUCGAGGACAUCAAUCUAGAAGAUUUGGACGAGACGAGUCAAGGGACAAUUGACGAAUUCAAAAUUGCAAAGCAAGCAUUGUACAAUAAUAUCGCUGGAUUGGUCAUCUGUACUCAAUCUGCGACCGAUCAUUUGGCCCCGCCUAACGCCAUCGAUCAAGUUCAGGUGUCCACGAGUGUCGUUGAGAAGUCGGUGAAGGAUGUGAUAAUAGCCACAAAGUUCCUUGUGGAAGAAAAGGAGACACAGGAUCAAUUACGCAUCAACAUGCGGAUUCCCAGACGUCAGAGCAGCACCGAUGUUCAGCUAAACAGGCGACGCGUGAAUUCAACUUACUCGUCGAUCAAUUCCACGAACUCAACUUUGGUUUCCCUCGAUCAGAUUCAAGAGGCUGGCACGAACGGUGUCAUCGAUGAGAAUGCGGUGACGGACGAACAGCCCGUCGGCAAUGGAACUCCGGCGGUCUCAAACGCCCUACAGACUGUGCCAGAGGAUGAUGUCAUGCUCACCGAUUCUUCGACCAUCGCGGGUGAUCAGGGCUCAAGCAUAGAAGAUUAUGAUGCACCGAUGUCGCCGGUAUCCGACGGUUCCUCGAUGACCGGUGGUCGUUCGAUGAGGAGCAGCCGUUUACGUUCCGACAGCUCGGUCUCAUCGUCCGCCUUGGAAACGACACCCGCUCCGAAUCAUCCACCGCUCAUACGUACAAAUACUCAACCGAUGGUCUCAACCUCAUCCGAAUUUUCUUCCUAUUCAUCGUCACCCCCUGCCUCUUACACCAGUAACGGAACUGGAAGCGCCAAAUCUCCGCGUCCCGAAAACAACAAGGUUCAAAAAUUCUUUGGCGAGGAUGUUCCAUCCACUAUCGCACAAACGCACGGGCAACGUGAGGAUAAACCUUCGUUCCUCAAUUACGACUACGAUCCAUCCGAAAUCAUAUUCAACAUGGAAAGCCAUGUCAAGGGAGGCACGCUUAACGCAUUGGUGGAACGAUUGACCAUGCACGAUGUGCUCGACUCAAACUUUAUUGCCACCUUCUUGCUAACCUACCGAUCGUUUUGUACAACGGACGAGUUCUUUGACAUGCUGGUGAAACGCUUCAUGAUUCAACCGCCGGAGGGUUUGAUCCGAGAAGAGAUCGAGGUUUGGGUGGAGAAAAAGCAAACGCCCAUCAGAUUAAGAGUGUUCAACAUUAUGAAAAGUUGGUUGGAGAAUUAUUACAUUGAGCGCGAGGAUGCACAUUGCUUGGAGCGCAUGCGAGAAUUUGUGAACACGGUCAUGCACGAACACAUGGCUUUCGCGGCUACCAGCUUGAUCAGGGUCAUUGAUAAACGGCAACAACAAGACAAAUCUCCCACCAAGGUGAUGGUGGUCAAUGCCGUACAGCCGCCGCCAUCUAUUUUGCCAAAGAAUAUGAAGAAGAUCAAAUUCUUGGAACUAGAUCCAUUGGAAAUUGCCAGGCAGUUGACGAUAAUAGAGAGUACGCUUUAUAAUAAAAUUCAACCUGUGGAAUGUUUGAAUAAGGCGUGGAGUAAGGAGGAAAAUGUUGGCGGUGAGAUCGCCGAGAACAUCAAGGCCAUGAUCGUCAACAGUAAUCAGAUUACCGGAUGGGUAGCCGAAUCCAUACUAAAUCAGCCAGAAAUUAAGAAACGAUGUUUGUUGAUAAAGCAUUUUGUUGCGGUGGCCGAUAAAUGCCGGACUCUGAAUAAUUUCAAUUCUCUGACGGCCAUAAUCUCGGGAUUAAAUUCUGCGCCAAUUCACAGACUGAAACGAACAUGGGAGAUGGUGAGCGCCAGGACCAUACAAACACUCGAGAACCUGAACAGGAUUAUGAACUCGACGAAAAAUUUUUCAGAUUACAGGGAGAUGCUGCAUAGCGUUAAUCCACCUUGUGUAUAUUUGACCGAUCUUACGUUCAUCGAAGAUGGUAAUCCGAAUAUAAUCAAAAAAUCACGACAACUCAUCAACUUCUCGAAACGCAUGAAGACCGCAGAGGUCAUUCGAGAAAUACAACAGUAUCAAUCUAUGCCAUACUUUUUGAAUCCCGUCCGUGACAUUCAAGUAUUCAUUCAAACACACUUGCAAGAGAGUAAAGAUGUCUCAGAGUUAUACAAUCAAAGUUUGAACAUGGAACCAAGUGAUGAUGUUCGUAUUCUAUCUUACAGGAUCGAGGCUGACGAAGCAGAAAGGAAGAAACAACUUGAGGAAGAUUACCUUGAAGGUGGUCAAAGAACCGCCGCACAAGUGGCAUGCAAUGCCUUAACAGGAGCAAUUAUCACCACCAUCCAUCAGUAUUAUUAUGGUGGAAAAUUACAAUGCCUAUUGGACGAUCGUGGGUCGCGAUUAUUGUUUUACAUGUGUUUGGGGCAUUAUUCGACUUGCAAUGGAGAUACGUGGGCGAGUGAACUCGGCAUUCUUAACAAAGAUUGGCCCAUAUUAAUAACAACCUUCAAGAAGGUACCUCCUGGGACUAACGGAGGUGUCACUACGUUUGGUCUAUUAGCUUCAGUGAUGGGAGGUUUUAUCAUUGGUGUUUCCUCAAUUAUAUCCAUCUUUCUGGCAGGUGGAUGUAACAGAUUAUGGGUUGAAUUAAUUCCAAUAGCCUCGAUCGCAGGACUAGUUGGGUCUUUAAUUGAUUCGUUAUUGGGUGCGACAGUUCAACUUUCAACUUAUUCUGAAAAACUACAAAAGAUUACAUACCACGAAACCGAUGAUGUUAAAUUAGUGAGCGGAAUUAACUUGCUGAAUAAUAAUCAGGUGAAUUUUGUGUCUUCUCUGAUAACGGCCCUAUUGACAGGGUUUGUUACUGAUUAUGUUUUUGGAUAA